AUGCGAUUCAGUGUUGUCCAAAUACUCGAAGAUGAUUUAAUUGCACCUAUCAUUAAGAAAGUUGCAUAUGGACUUGCAACAACAUGUAUCCUUGGCGGCGCUGUUUAUGCUGGGUAUCGCGUCGCGGCACCUGCACAACAACAAACAAGGCAUUAUCGACAGCCAGAACUUAAUGACCAAAUAGAAACAGUUCUCGAUUCGUUAAAAAUAGCUGACGAUCAGCUUGUGCACAUAAUGCAUUUAUUAGAAGCCGAAAUGAAUGCUGGUCUAUCACCGUCAACACACGAUCAAGCCGUAGUUAAAAUGUUUCCAACAUACGUAAAAAAUAUCCCAACGGGAACAGAGGUUGGCCAAGUUCUUGCACUUGAUUUAGGUGGAACCAAUUUUCGUGUACUUUUAAUUGAUUUACGUGGAAAUUCAAGAAUAGAAUUAACAUCAAAAAUUUUCCUUAUUCCACAAUCAAUUAUGAUGGGUGAUGGAAAACAAUUGUUUCGCCACUUAUCUGAGUGUUUACAUGAGUUUAUGUUAAAAGAACAUAUAUUAAAUACAGACGUAUGUUAUCCGAUAGGUUUCACAUUCUCAUUUCCUUGUUCUCAAGAGGGUCUUGCAUCAGCGCGAUUAACAUCAUGGACAAAAGGUUUCAGUUGUUCAGGUGUUGUGAACGAAGAUGUUGUCAAACUAUUUCAAAAUGCAAUUAAUGAAAAGGGUAUCAAUGCGAAAUGUGUCGCCCUAAUCAACGAUACAGUUGGCACAUUGAUGGCUUGUGCAUACAAAGAUCCAGCGACAGCUGUUGGUCUUAUCCUAGGAACUGGAACAAAUGCAUGUUAUAUUGAACAGUUAGAUAAAGUUGGUACAUGGAAAGGCGAUUAUGACGAACCAAAACAAGUUAUUAUUAAUAUGGAAUGGGGUGCGUUUGGUGACAAUCAUCGUUUAGAUUUCAUUCGAACGCGAUACGAUGAAGAAGUUGACCUUUCAUCCACGAAUCCUGGCAGACAAAUUUUUGAAAAAAUGAUUUCUGGACUGUAUAUGGGCGAAAUUGUUCGUUUGAUUAUACUUGAUUUACUGCAGCGUGAAUUACUUUUUCUUGGUCAUCGUGACACAUACGGAGAUUAUAAAACACCACUCUAUAAUCGUGGUGGUUUCUAUACAAAAUUUGUAUCGACUGUUGAAACUGAUGAAGGCAUCAAAUUUUCAAAUACACGUCGUGUACUCGAAGAUAUUGGUAUACAAAAUCCUACAUUUGACGAUUGCGCUAUUGUUCAACAUAUUUGUCGGCAAGUUUCAAAACGAGCGGCUAAACUAGCUGCUGCUGGUUUGUCAGUAUUGAUUAAUCGCAUUGGAAGACCUAAUGUUACUGUUGGUGUAGAUGGAUCACUGUAUCGAUAUCAUCCACGUUUUAAAACCAAUAUGGAAAGAUGUAUGGACAUGUUAGUAAAUAAAUCGAUUCAAUUCAAAAUUGCUUUAUCCGAUGAUGGAAGUGGUAAGGGUGCUGCUUUGGUUGCUUGUCUUGCUGAAGGUACAUCCUGGAAAAAGCCUGCCGCUCAUCAUGAAGAAACAGUGAACUAG